AUGGCGGCGCCGCUGCGCCACGGCUGCGAGGACUGCUGGGCCUGGAACCGGCGGGACCGCAGCCCUGAGGUGCGGCUGUACGGGCCCGGCCCGCGCACCGCCUACUUCCACCCCGACUGGAGCUCCGGCACCGCCGGGGUGCGCGGGGACACGGCGCUGGGCCGCGGCCGCCACUACUGGGAGCUGCGCGUGUCCCAGCGAGUGUUCGGCACGGCCAUGAUGUUCGGCGUGGCGACCCGGCGCGCGCGGCUGCACGCCGACGCCUUCACCAGCCUGCUGGGCGAGGACGAGCACGGCUGGGGGCUGUCGCACAAGGGCGAGCUGUGGCACGCGGGGCGCAGCGCGCGCUACGCCAGGCCGUUCCGCGAGAACCAGGCCACCACGGUGGGCGUGCUGUUCGACGGCGCCGCCGGCACGGUCACCUUCUACAAGGACGGCGCGUGCCUGGGCGUGGCCUUCAGCGGGCUGGACCGCGUGCGCGAGCCGCUGUACCCGGCCGUCUGCUCCACGGCCGCCAAGACGCAGAUGACGCUGGCCGAGGCGCGGCGCGACUUCGAGAGUCUGCAGGACCGCUGCCGCGUGGUCAUCCUGCGGGCCGUGCGCUGCCAGGGGCGCCUGGAGGGUCUCAGCCUGCCCGCGGCCCUCAGGGCGUACCUGCGCGAGCCCCUGGUGCCGGCGCCUGCCCUGCUGCGCGACCCCGUGUGAGGCAUCGGGGGAGCCCAACAUGUCCCUCGAGUUCUGUCCCUGCCCGGUCACACCCGAGCAAUUCACCUUCGGCCGACCUCGCCUUUAUUUAUAUGUCCACAGGGGCGUAGCCAGGGUGGGUGGGGUUUAGGGGUUCAAACCACCACCACCCCCCCCCCUUAGCACCAAAUCUUUAAUUAAUUUCUUAUUCAUCACUCAAACAAAUACCAUAUUAAAGUUAAUAAAAUUUUUACCAUUACAUUAUUUAAAAUUUAAGAACUGAAAACUGCUACAAUAGCACUAUUUUACACUUUAAAAUCAAAAUUUUCCCGGGGGACGACACCCGGACCCCCUGCUUUAAUACGGUGGGGGGGGGGGGGGGGGGGGCAUGCUUCUUAACACCCCCCAUACACAAAUCCUGGCUACGCCACUGACCGUUCAUAGUGUUUUGAAGUGUUUUAAUGCAGCUAACCUAACCGACCACUUUUAACAUUUGAAUUCAUUUUUCCUGCGCAAAAAUAAAAAAAUCCCGAAGUUGGCCGAAUGUGAAUUUGUUCGGGUGUAAUCGGGAAUGGCAUAACUUUUAUGUGCAUCUUAGGUCUCCCGUACACUGGUGUGCGACAAGUUUCCUCACAUUAUAAACUUCGACUUAUUGUGAGAACACAGAACAAUCACAAGGGGAGCGCUACUUAACUUUAUAUCUCAGUAUGUAACAAACAUUAGAAAAUAUGAAAAAUUGAAAAUGCACAACAGAGCUCAAUGGCGGCUUCAGGAUGACUUUUCGGGAGGGGCUAUCACACAAAAAGAAAGGUCGUAGUUGCAAAAAAAAUGAAAGUGGUCAGAUUUUGGCCUUGGAAUAUUAUUUACAAAUAAUUACAGGUUUCAAAUACAGAACCUUGGUUGCUCCAUGCAACUUUUGAUGAGAUAAAAGUUUAACAUGUGAAAUUAAAUAUUCAAGUAAACAUAAAUGUACACUAAUCAAUAAAAUUGGUCUCGGGAGGGGCUAUCCCCCCCCCCCCCUUCUGAAGCCGCGCUUGAUAGAGCUACAAGGAAUGCUAAGUAAAUUGGACGAAUGUGAUGAACACAUAAAGCUCAAUGGUAAUAAAAUUUUUUUGACAAUUAGGAUAUUAAGUUUGUCUUAGAAGUACAGUAACAGCAUUAACAGUGAUUAGUUAUGAGGUUAUUUAAUGAGAGAUGUUGGUUAAUAUAAAACACCAUUCAUAACUCGAAACAUUAAUUAGUACUCGGCACAGAGACAGGGCCAGACCGGGCAACAGCAUCUAGCAAGACCCCACACAGGUCCUUCUAUCAAGGACACACCUUCAUGUAUAAUUUUUGUCAUCAAAUUUGAUACCUCUAUUUAUAAUAAAGUGAAAAUAAUUUAGUCAAAUUUUUAAUAGGCUAAAAUCAUUUUUAUUACUCUCAUUAUUCAUUUGUUAUACUUUUAACACACAAAAAAAUUAAAGAAAAAAUAAAACACUGUUGACAUUUAAGUUCCCGGUUGGCUUAAAAAUGUCAUAUUAAAGAGUUUAUAUUUUUUAAUUUGUUUGGAGAGGAUUGGAGGAGAGGCAAACACCCCGUCGCUCUGUGGACCGCUCCAUAUCCACCAGACUCCUGGGAGGAUUAGGCCCCGCACAAGUCAACGGCAAAGACCAGGAACACACUGCAUGGGUGUGUACCAGAGGGGGGCAGGGAUAUUUGCGCCCCUCCCCCCUUUCCUUUUAUUUGUAAACAACAAAUUUCUUAGGAAUUUAACAUGCAAAUUGUUGGUAUUUCAACUACUUGAAAGAUAUUAAUCACAAAACACAGACACUGUAUCAUUUGUUAGAAGUCGUGAGAACUACAACCUAUAGUACACAUUUCUCAUGUUCCCCAUGGCGAGUAAUGAUCUUCUCGCAAGUGCACAGAAGAAAGACGUUGGUUGGAUUCGUUUGAGGUUCUGCUAGCACCUGACUCCACGGCUGUCCUCCCUCGGGCCGGGCUAAGGCGUGGGCCAGCCCAGCCUCCCCUCACGCCAGUAGGGACACAGCCUCGACUGCGCGAGGGAGAGGUCUAUCAUUCCUUCCAUGAGCUUGUUACGAUCAAAUUAUAAAAGAAGUUUGACUGUCACACUGAAAUCUUAGGGAAUAGUGGACUCAGAACUCCCAAUGUUUACACACAGAAAUACUUAACAGAUUUACUUUAUUUGUUCUGAAAAGUUAGUCUUGCUUAUUACAAAUCAUUACAUUGUAAAAGUGCAGCAUGUAGGUAUCAGUCAAAAACACACUGCUUUAGAGAAAUUAGUAUCGUGGAAUGUUUAAGUGUCAUAUUUUUUUUAAUAAACAGAUUUCAUAAAAGAUAAAACUGAUAACACCGAAAUCUCCUGUUUUAAAAACAAAAUUGGCCUGAAAAUUAAAUAAUAAAAUCUUGUCUAUCACGAGAUAUCAGAUGUUUUUUUUAGUUAUGUUGGAUGCUUCAUUGCCAUGAUAGUAGUCAGAGAUGGCAACACGCAACACACAACCCGGAUGUUCAGGUAGAAAUCAGCCAUGUACCGAAACCUCCUAGAAUUCCUCUCAGCUGAUUUUGAGAAACCCUGCAAAACCAAAAUCAGGGCGGAAUGAUCGGGAUUCCGACAAGAGUCCUCCGUAAAGUGAGACCAGCGCGUUACCACUGUCUCACCGAGCUCCACAAUUACCAACCAAACCGAGGUGAUCUUGUCCCUGGAUGAGAUAGUUGUUCUCACUUGCUGUUUCUGUUGAACAUACUGCAACUCCCAAAGCAAAAUCAAAUUCAGAAGCACCUAAUGUCAAUACCUGGUUUUUCUUUCAGCUUUAAAUGUGUGUGUUUCUACCUGACAGUGGGACAAAAAUUACAAUUCUAUUGCUAAUAAAAUUUAUUGUAAACCUUACAAGUUACGCAAUUUUUCCAGAUAAACGAUAUGGCCACUGUAACUUUAAGCAUUCAGAUAUAUUUUUUAAGUGUGGGUUUUGAAAAAUGUACAUAAAGUAAUGGGCAAGGAGUCUGACAAAUAAUCACUCCCCCCUUCUGGCCAAGUAUCUUUCUCGAUGGCCAGACUAAGUGAAUUUUUUUAUAAAGUACUUCUCGGAUGCACUAAUAAGAAUCAUGAACAGACAUGUGAAGGACAGUAUGAGGAUGUCUGUGUGGUCACACUGACGUCAACGUGACACAGACGUUUGGUUCAAAAACAUUCAGACACUUUCGUUGUGCAAGUUUGAGACUUGGUGCUUUGUUUAAAGUUGUCAAGAGACAAGGAACGACUGUUUCUUCGUGUGGAGCUAGCUUUUAUACCGCAAGUGUACGUGAUGUGACCGUUACAUGGUUAUCCGAUGUGUUUAUGUUACAGUGUUGAAGUGUAGGUAGAUAUUUGGUGUUGUUAAUUAGUAGCUGGAUCAGCGUCCAAACGCUGUGGCAUUACGACGUGUAUAAAAGACAAUGCCAACAUCACACUAAGAAAUGGUGUCUUCCUCUUGCUAAUCAACGUACAAAUAAUCAUUUAAAAAUUAAUAUGUAUUCCUUUUUCAUUUGAAAGUUUUUUACGACCUACAUGACAGCUUACAUAUGCUGUUUAGUUAAAAUUACAAUGAAAGGUGUUUACUCCUACUUCUAUGGUUCGGCCAGUCUGCAAUCGGCACCAAUCCAGUCGCUUCACGUGUUUUCAAGUCGAUUCCAGCCGCAUUACCGUGCUGCUGGCAGUGUUAGUCGCUCUGAAUUGAUGAUUACAGUUGAUUUUUAUUUAAACAGUGCAUUCAGUUUUUUAAUUAGUCACAUUACACAUUUUUAAAUUCCCCUUCAAACUAUAUACUGACUUUCGAUAAAUCAGUAAAAAUCACUAAUACGACAGAGUUGCGGUUGCUGUAGGUACCAUUCACUACUGUUGGUUCUGUGGUUUGGUAACCACCUUUUAUCCUGAAACUGAUUUCCUGAACUUUGAUGAUUUGGCAUAGUAGAGACACCAUCUCUUGAUGUGUAAUGCUCACUUGUAUAAAAACAGGAUAAACUUCAAAAAAUUUAUAUGCUGAAUGCAGUUAAAAUAAUAAAAAUAAAAUCAUUCAAUGCAGCAUGAUAUAACUAUUGGUUAUAUCAUUGGAUAGUGAAUAUAACUAUUGGUUAUUAUACCACAAAAAAAAAAUUGAGACCAAAGCAAACUUCAGAGUUGGUAAAAGCACUUCGUAAUGUUACAGUAACUAUAGACAAUUAGAACAACUUGCACAAUACCACAAAAAUGCAAGCAGAAAAAAACCCUAACUAGCUCAAAAUAAAGAUAAUAAUCAAGCGAGCAUUAUUAGUUCAAUUUGAAGCUCAAAUGACACACAUCACCACAUGCUACGUAACCGACUGUUGUAUUUGAACUUCAAACUAAGCUUGCAUUCUUGUGGUUGCUUUAACGAGUUGUACAUAACAUAAGAGUCCAUAUUGCCGUGGAUUUCUUCGUUUGUGCCAUAUCACUAUACAUAAGCAAUGUUUUUCUGUUGUAUCACUGUUUGAUGUUUAAAUGUUUUAUGUCUUCUACAGGCCAGGUAUGUGCAAUAAGCAGAAGUGAGUCAAUAAAUCUUUGGCUUUGUUUU